UUGUGUGUCAUUGAACGGCAACAAUUCACUAUAGUUUGUCUUGCAAUAUCCAGUGCAAAGCAUUAAGCAUACAGGACAUUGUGCAGCUUCAGGUAAAAUGAAACCGAAACUGAAGCGCUUGUAUGCAGCGACUCUCACAGGCAUUGACGAUCAAGCAGGAAAUAUGAGUAGUGGUCUGAACCAACAGUAUGAAGAGAAGAUUCGUCCCUGUAUUGAUCUAGUGGACUCUCUCAGGUCACUUGGUGUUGAAAAAGACCUGAACCUACCAGCUAUUGCUGUCAUCGGUGACCAAAGCUCAGGAAAGAGUUCUGUAUUGGAGGCCCUAUCUGGAGUAGCACUGCCCAGGGGAACAGGUAUUGUGACACGCUGUCCUUUGGUACUGAAACUGAAGAAAGUUUCAAAGGACGACACCUGGCAUGGAUUGCUGUCAUUCCAGGACCACAAAAAUAAACUACACAAUCCAGCAGAUAUUGAGAAUGCUGUCUUAAAUGCUCAGAAUGUAUUGGCUGGAACUGGAGAAGGAAUCAGUCAUGAGAUGAUAACUUUGGAGAUCCAGUCUAGUGACGUUCCUGACCUUACUCUGAUUGAUCUACCAGGCAUUGCAAGGGUUGCCACUGGCAACCAGCCAAAGGACAUUGAAAAACAAAUAAAAUGUCUAAUUGAAAAGUUCAUCAAAAGACAAGAGACCAUUAGCUUGGUCGUUGUGCCUGCAAACAUUGACAUUGCCACCACUGAGGCACUACAAAUGGCUUCCAAAGUAGAUUUAACCGGGCAAAGAACACUGGGUAUUCUGACUAAACCGGACUUGGUGGAUAAAGGCAUGGAGGAGACUGUGAUCAGAACAGUCAACAACCAAGUGAUACCUCUAUUGAAAGGCUACAUGAUCGUUAAGUGUCGGGGUCAGCAAGACAUCAAUGAGAAGCUUACUCUGGUCAAAGCUCUGGAAAAAGAAAGACAGUUUUUUGAUGAACAUGCUCACUUCAGGUCUCUUCUUGAGGAAGGAAAAGCUACAAUACCUCUUCUUGCUGAAAGGCUCACAAAGGAAUUGGUUGAACACAUUACAACAUCCCUGCCACAGUUGCAGAAACAACUUGAGAUCAAAUUAGAAAAGACCUCUGAGGAACUUAGAGAGCUGGGAGAUGGAGUUCCUCUUAAUGAACAAGAGAAGAACAAUUUCUUGGUUAUGAAAAUUCGCCAGUUCAAUGAUGCCCUUGAAGAAGUAAAGAGGGCAGAAGAAGAUAUCACAAACUCAGACAUGAGGGUCUUCACCAAAAUCAGGGAUGAAUUUGGUAGAUGGAAACACACCUUAGAUGACAAAACAGUUAAGAUGGAGGAAAACCUUAUAGAUGAGGUGAAAGAGUACAUCAGAACUUGUAGAGGAAAGGAGCUUCCUGGAUUUGUAAACUACAGAUCAUUUGAGAACAUUGUCAAGAAUCACAUCGGGGAGCUAGAGGAACCUGCUUUAGAGCUUCUCAAACAUGUCACGGAUAUUGUUCACUCUUGUGUAAACACAAUUGUUAGCUCUCAUUUCAAGGCCUUCUCUCACCUGUUGAGAACAGCUAAAGAUCCAAUUGAAGAUAUUCUUGAAGGAGAGUUUCGGAAAGCUCAGGAGAAAGUGAAAUCUCAGUUUAAGAUGGAGAAAAUAGUCUACUCUCAAGAUCAUAUCUACAGUGGCAUGCUGGAAGUUGUUAAAAAGAAGCCAAGCACAACAGUUUCUCUUGUUUCGCUGGCAUUAGCCAAUGCUGAUGUUCGCGAGAUGGCAAGUCAUCUCCGUGCCUAUUUUACGAUUACCUCUGACCGCCUGGCUAAUCAAGUGCCUCUGAUAGUCCAGUACCACAUGCUGGACCAGUACAUCUCUCAACUACAGAAUGCAAUGCUUACCAUUAUCGCAGGUAACAAUGCAGAAAAACUUCUCAGUGAAGAUUGUGAUGUUGCCUGUAAAAGGAAAAAGCUGGUAGAGCGUUUGGAUCGCCUGAGGAAAGCAGGCAAAAUUCUGUCCAAAUAUGUAUAUUCUGCAUAAGUUUAGUCUUUGUUGUUGACCAGUGUGUAUAAUAAAUUAACACCUUGACAUUCAAACUUAGACGUGUCCUGGAAACUAUCCUGGAUAUUUUCUGUUUAACUAUUAUUAUAUUUCUGUUUUUUGUUUUUUUCAUUGUUCUAUAUUGUAAGAGCUCCCACUGUUUCCAGUUUGUUAAUUUUCAAUUUGUGAAAGUAAAAUCUAGAGCUCUUUUUUUUAAUGACUGUUGUGCUCCUAAAAAAGUGGAAAAUUAUACUGUUCCCUAAGUUAACUAAUCUGUCAAAUGAAAACAUAGUCCUUUAUUACACUGUUUCCUGAUUGUCCCUUUAGUUUGACAAUUUUCCUAAUACUAAUAUUAAGUUGUCAGUUAGUAUCACAAAUGUAUUUGAGGAAAGUCAUUCUUUUGAUUUAGACCACACUGUUUCUGUGAUGUUUUUAUAUAGCUAAAUAAUAUUAGAUUUGUAGCUAAACUUUUGGGAAGAGUAGUUACCACACAAAUAGUCACACCUACUUUCUAAUAAGCUUUAUGUGCCCUUUCAGACUGGUUUACAGUCUUUCCACAAUACAGAAACAGAAUACUCUUGUUAGAGACCUUAAUUACCUUCUUGCUGGUGACUCUGCGGCACUAUGUAUCUUGGUUCUCUUGGACCUCAUUUCUGCCUUUGAUACAGUUUGUCACUUUUUACUCUUAUUUAGACAUUCUGCUAUUGGUAGCACUGACACAGCUCUUUCUAGGCUGGAGUCUUAUCAUUCCCAUAUACUCACAGGUUCUCUACUGCUCACCUCACACAAGGUAUCCCUCAGGGUUCUGUCCUUGGCCCUCUUCUGUUCGUAAUUUACAUCAGAAUCAGCUUUAUUGCCAAGAAUGCUUACACGUACAAGGAAUUUGUCUUGGUGACAGGAGCUUCCAGUGCACAACAAUACAAAACAGCAACAAGACAUGGAUAAUAAUACAAAUCUGUGCAUACAUGCUUCCUCUAGGUCAUCUUAUCCAUUGGCAUGGUCUCUGUUGUAAUUCUCAUGCCUACACGGCAUUGUUAUGCACAGAUUUACAUCACUUCAAGCCCUGACCCAUCUCCACCUCUCUCGUUAAUAGCCCAUAUUUUAAACACUGAAUGACCCUCAAUUUUCUCAAUCUAAUGUCUGCUAAAAUUUAAUGAAUGCUUAUUGGCUCUCUAACAACUGUUUCUAAUAUGUCUGAUUUCUGCAUUGAAAUUGAUGGAGAAAUUGUUGCAUCCUCCAAAACUAUAUGCAUCCUUGGUGUGAUUCUUACAUUUGAAGCGCACAUCAGUUCAAUUGUUAAAAGUUGCAUUUUACCAUCUACACAAAAUAGCAUGCCUCCGUCACAUCAUUAAUUAAAAGGAUGCCAAGACUUUAGUGCAGGCGCUCAUCACUAAAUGUAUCAAUGUCCUUUUAAUCGAUUUACCUUCAAAGCGAUCAAUAGACUUCAGUACAUUCAAAACUCUGCAGCUAGAGUUCUCACUCACACUUCAAGGGCUUCACAAAUUACACCAUUUUUUAUUACCUACACUGGCUGCCCGUAUCAUCCCAUAUACAAUACAAAAUACCCCACCUUAACAAUAAAGCCCUAAAUGGUCUUGCUCCUUCAUACUGUAUCUUUCUGAACUUCGUUAUCCAAAUACCCCAAAAUGCACUUAGAACCUCUGAUAAAGGUUUAUAUAUUGUACCACAUUUUUGUCUCUCCACUAUGGGUGGUAGGUAAUUUGCAGUCAUUGCUCCUAAACUCUGGAAUCUCCAUAACACUACCUCUAUCUCUGUCUUCAAGUCUCAUCUUAAAACACAACUGUUCUCAACGUAUUUCCCCCCACCUCUGAAAAUUGUUGAUCACUGAUUGUUUACUGCUCAUGUUAAAUUAAAAUAGUUGAUGUUUGAGCUAUUUGUCUUGUCUAACACUGAUUUAUGUAUUCUUGUCUUGAGCUCUGGAAGGCACUAUAUAAAUUAAAA